CUCUGCAUGAAUGAACUGGACAGUAAAGUGGAAUUAUUACUGGGAACUGCAAUGAAUAAAAUCUUUUGCAUUUUUUGCCUACGUUUCACAGAGGGUGAUAUUUUUCUGAGACAAUCAAAUUUAUACCACGGCCAUAAUACAGAAACGUUCUGACCAACAAAGUCAUGCUCCUGCAUCUACGUAGUAGGUAACUGCAGAAAGGGCUUCCUUUCUUCCUUCUUUGUGAAAUUGCCUGAAAACAGCUCCCCCUUGCUGUCCGUCGAGGCAUAUCUUCACCAACGUUAAAACAGAGCUGAGGGAGAUCGCAUUUCUGCCUCCCUCCGGCCCUGCAGAGGGGCUCCAGCUAUUCAGAGUUAAGGGAUUAAUAGGUAGAUGGUGGUUUCUCCUCCUUCCCAGGGCCUCUUUCCUCUCUUGAGAUUUCCUCCUUCUCACUUCUGAGCACAGGAGCCGGGCGGGUUUUCUGUCCCUUGCCCUGGACAGCACUGCCUGGGUGGCCGCUGUCCGGCAGCUGCUCUUUGUCCACCCAAAAAGAUGUCCCCAAGACUCAGUAGUAACCAGACGGUCCCCACGGACUACUGCGGCCAAAUUUCCGCCAUCCCCGCUGUGGGAAUCAGGCUUUUCCCGCAGAAAACCCCAGGAAUCUAGAGAAAACUCCGUAAGUCCCUAGUCUCCACAGAGAAAACCAGGAGACACUCCCCCCAAACUCCGCUGUGAAUACAGGCACAGCAGCCACAGGGGCUGCAAAGUGACGAGUGCGUUCUUCCCGUCUCAAACAUAGGGUAAUAAAUAGCAUGCAUCGAAGAUAUUACUAGGAAGAGAUAGCUCUUUAAGUCACGAGAGGGGAGAAAUGUUUGUCCCGGGAAAAUUUGCCUCGGGAGUAAAAUUUGCCAGACUAGCUGCACGGGUGAGCUCGGUGAGAAGGAAGAAACCCGGAUUGGAGGAGGUGAGGUCGAGAGCCAGGUUCAGGUGCAGGAGCUAGAUGGGUGGACGCCGGUGCGUGGACUGGAGGUUUCCAGGUACCGCGCUUAGCGUGCCUGUUGAAGUCAAAUGCAUGGUUAAGGAGGCUAGCGAGGAAGACUAGUGAGGGAAGCUUGUGGAAACGGCUACGAGCCCAGAAAAGGCAUGACGCGUCCAGUUCUCCAAGUUUUUGGAAGGGAAGAGCGGGAAAGCAUCACGAUCCCGCCUACUGUGCGGAGGAAUCUGCGAGUCUCCCAGCUCCACCCCCUCAACAGUGAUGCAAAGAGGACAAACACCGACGUAGGGAGAGGAAAACAUAAAAAAAUUGCAGGGAGCGGGGAGUAGGCAACCAGCAGUCUUCCGCCAAUAGGGCGAGAGGGAGCGCGUCCCGAGGAAACGAGCACCGCGUAAGUACUUGAGUUGGGAACCCAGUGCUUCCGGAAGCUCGGAGCUCACCUUCCCGACCUCGCCGAAGUUGAAAAAAGGCAGAGCAGGGAGAGGGGCCGGCUCACCCUGCUGAGAGCUGCUCAGUGGGCAGGCGAGACGCUGCUCCGGGAGACGCCCACUGGAGGGAUCGCAGAGCCCGGCAAGCGGCGAGCGCGCCAAGGACGGUGCGCUUCGGGCGAGGAGCCCAAGUCCUCCGAGACGGGGAGGGAGCGGCCCGCGAGGGCUGGGGCUCCGAAGAGGGCCGAGUAGGUGCUGCAUGGACAGCAUGCGUCUCUCCGCCGGUCCCGACGCGGGGCCCUCGGGCAACUCCAGCCCAUGGUGGCCUCUGGCCACCGGCGCUGGCAACACGAGCCGGGAGGCCGAAGCCCUCGGGGAAGGCAACGGCCCGCCGAGGGACGUGCGCAACGAGGAGCUGGCCAAACUGGAGAUCGCCGUGCUGGCGGUGACUUUCGCGGUGGCCGUGCUGGGCAACAGCAGCGUACUGCUGGCUCUGCACCGGACGCCGCGCAAGACGUCCCGCAUGCACCUCUUCAUCCGACACCUCAGCCUGGCCGACCUGGCCGUGGCAUUCUUCCAGGUGCUGCCGCAAAUGUGCUGGGACAUCACCUACCGCUUCCGCGGCCCCGACUGGCUGUGCCGCGUGGUGAAGCACCUGCAGGUGUUCGGCAUGUUCGCGUCGGCCUACAUGCUGGUAGUCAUGACAGCCGACCGCUACAUCGCCGUGUGCCACCCGCUCAAGACUCUGCAACAGCCCGCGCGCCGCUCGCGCCUCAUGAUCGCGGCCGCCUGGGUGCUGAGCUUCGUGCUGAGCACGCCGCAGUACUUCGUCUUCUCCAUGAUCGAGGUGAACAAUGUCACCAAGGCCCGCGACUGCUGGGCCACCUUCAUCCAGCCCUGGGGUUCUCGUGCCUACGUGACCUGGAUGACGGGUGGCAUCUUCGUGGCGCCCGUGGUCAUCUUGGGUACCUGCUACGGCUUCAUCUGCUACAACAUCUGGCGCAACGUCCGUGGGAAGACGGCGUCGCGCCAGAGCAAGGGCUCAGAGCAAGCGGGUGCCGCCUUUCAAAAGGGGUUCCUGCUCGCUCCCUGUGUCAGCAGCGUGAAGUCCAUUUCUCGGGCCAAGAUCCGCACGGUGAAGAUGACUUUUGUGAUAGUGACGGCUUACAUCGUCUGCUGGGCGCCUUUCUUCAUCAUCCAAAUGUGGUCUGUCUGGGAUCCCAAGUCCGUCUGGACCGAAUCAGAAAACCCUACCAUCACCAUCACUGCAUUACUGGGUUCCUUGAAUAGCUGCUGUAAUCCCUGGAUAUACAUGUUUUUUAGUGGCCAUCUCCUUCAAGACUGUGUUCAAAGCUUCCCGUGCUGCCAAAACAUGAAGGAAAAAUUCAACAAAGAAGAUACUGACAGUAUGAGCAGAAGACAGACUUUUUAUUCUAACAAUCGAAGCCCAACAAACAGUACGGGUAUGUGGAAGGACUCGCCUAAAUCUUCCAAGUCCAUCAAAUUCAUUCCUGUUUCAGCUUGAGCCCUGUGUUCAUGCAACUUGAUUCUUGUUAUUGACUUUUUGGCCCAUUAGCUGAAUUGAGCUAGAAAUCGCAAGAACAAAUGCACUUUAUUGAUAUAACCAUACAUCAAUUCAUUGGGUACAAGACUGUGUUUCUAGUUGCAUUUUCACAUUGCUACCAAAAACUAGACAUUAUUUUGUAUGGAAUAUUAAUGAAAACAUGCUGUACUAAACUAUGCAGGUCUAAUUCUCAGAAAUAUAACAGAGGUUACAUUUUUAAAGGAAAAAUCAUAACCAUCCUAGCUUUAUAUUUUGUUGUUGGUUUCUUUUAUUUUCAUUUCUAACGUAAGUAAGACUUGAUUGGUUUAAAAGUCGUAUAAUGUGCGGCACUAUUUCUGAACAAAGAGAGCUCAUCAUCAGCCUUAGUAUUCAGAGAAAACUUCAGAGAAAUUAUGUUUUCAUCCAAUAAAAUUAAUUUGUGCCUCAGAAAAUGCAGCCUUAAACAGUGUCCUGGAGAUGGGAUGGUACCUCCUGGGAGUACAAGUGCCUGGGGCGUAAUGAGCUCCUGCUCAUUGUGGCCAGUUUAGAGUUCUAUUAGAAGCUAUCAAUCACCUUGCAUUUCAAAACGGUAACUUUACAACUGGCAGUGGCUUCCUUUUGGUUCCUCACAUAUUAUUGGUCAAGAAAAGCAGGAAAACUGAGAUGCUGAAGGUGAGAGGAAAUGUUGUUGACUGGCCAAAAAUAUCUUUUUUCCCCCACUGCGAGGUUGUUUUAAAGUCAGAUUUGUAUGAGGAAAGCCAAAUUUUAUUAAAAGAGUAGAAAAGGAUUGCUUAAGGUACUCUGGACUUUCUCUUGGACAUUGUAAACGUAUUUUGAUCAGUGCUACAAGGGUAUCCUGUGCGAUGCUGGAUAUUAACAAGAUCAUUAUCUUCAUGUUUGGGGAAUUCAGAUUCAUAAUAUGAGUAUCCUGAAGAGUGACUCAGGAUAUAAAGUGUCCCAACAUGUUUAAUUAAAAAUAGCUUUGUAUUUCCAAUCUCUCACUCGUCUAACAAUUGCAAAGCAGAGAUGAGACAGGGUUGGGACAUGGGUGACAGAUGGAAAGAGAACUGCUCUGUGCCCAGACUGGCUUUCUUCAUUAUUAAAUCCACGACUUAAGGCAAGUUUCUUAAACACAUAUAAAGCCUCUGUUUCCUUGACUUACCAUGGGGUUGAUAACACUUACCUCACAGGAUUGUUGUAAGGACUAAAUGAAAUCAAAUAUGUUAAAAGAGCUUCAGAAAUAGUAAAGUACUAUACACAUGCUAGCAGUUGCUUUUAUUAUAGCUUUGGGAUCUCCAAAAUUGCACAGAUGUUUUCCAGUUUAUUUUUCAUUAACUAGAAUUGGCUUGUUUCAUGGCUGGGAUAUAAAAUCCUAAAAUUUAAAUAUAGAUCCGCUGAUUCAUUGGACAACAUUUCCAGUGACCACUCAGCUUGACUUCUCCUGCCUGACUCAAGUUUUCCAAUUUAAAGACAGAACUUGCUUUUCUUUGAAUGCAGGUAGAUCAAAGCCACCCACAAGCAUCAGUUUUUUCCAUUUUUAAACAGAGACCAAUUACACUACUUUGCUGUUGUUAUUACAUUUUUCAUUAAUGGAAAUCAGUGAUUUUUUUCCUAGCUAUUUUGUUUGGCUGCUUCUUCUUCUUCGAGAUCAUGCAAUGAUUUGAGGAUACAUCAUAAAUAUUUUGCAUCCUUAAGAGGAAAUAAUAGUUGCUUUUUUUCUUGAAACAGAGUCUUGCUCUUUUGCCAGGCUGGAGUGCAGUGGCGUGAUCUCGGCUCACUGCAACCUCCGCCUCCCGGGUUCAAGCGAUUCUCCUGCCUCAGCCUCCCAAGUAGCUGGGACUAUAUGCGUGUGCCACCACGCCCAGCUAAUUUUUAUGUUUUUAGUAGAGACGGGGUUUCACCAUGUUGGCCAGCAUGGUUGUAAUAGUAUUAUUGAGUUUCUUUUUUUACCUUUGUAGAUAAGAAAAUGAGAACUGGAUAGCACUGUGAGAACCCAGAAGCAAUAACUUCACUCCUCUUCAUUCUUCUGCCUUUUGAAAUUCUCAGCCCUUAGGCUCCUUGUAUUGAUAGGCCUAAAAACAUGUUUCCAAAUGCUUUAUAAAGAUUAUAAACCUAGGGGCUCCCUAGGUUUUCUUUUUUUUAUUUUUUUUUUAGUAGAGACGGGGUUUCACCGUGUUAGCCAGGUUGGUCUCGAUCUCCUGACCUCGUGAUCUGCCUGCCUCGGCCUCCCAAAGUGCUGGGAUUACAGGUAUGAGCCACCGCGCCCGGCCAGGGGCUCCCUAGGUUUUGAAAUUCUUCUUUCUAAAAAUAACAAAUAUGUCUCUUAAAGGGUACUGUCCAAUAUAAGCCAUAACUAAAUUAAUUAAUUCAUUAUUUGAGUUAGAGUAGCAUCUCAGUAACCCCGCACUCGAAGACUGUCAGUCCUUUUGACAACUCUUUGAUAGUUCAAAAACUAAAGCCUUUUGGUUUGGAACUAAGAUGAACCCAUUUUUUUCUAAAUCCAUUUCCAAAGUAAGAACCUCAGAACCUAUAGAUCUUGCUUCAAAAUGUUGAUAUGUACUCCCAAGCAAAACAAUUCAAUUUUAAUGUUAUUUCUGAGAAUAGCUCACAAAAAGAGUUCAUAUCACCCUACCCUGUUGUAUUUUCUCCUUUUAAAUGUAUUGGGAGAUGAGAUAGUAGAAAAUGGGCUGGGGAAAAAUGAGAUCUGGGUGCUAGUUCUGCACUAGGCAAAUAUGUGGUCUUAUUCUCUGCGGUUUAGGCUGAGAAGUUUCAUCUGUCUGGUUGCUAAAUUUUCUCAAUGUUAUGUACCCAGAAAUGGAAGUCACAUAUCUCAAAACAGUAUUUCAAAUUGGAAGGAACCUAUCUACCUGUCUGUUUCAGAAGAAGAGAAACUAAAAAAGUAUUCCGGGAAGGGAAGUUUUCCUUUUCUUGACCAAAGAGAAGACCUGAGAUAUUAUGCCAAAUAACAGCUUACAGUGAAGAAAAAAAUGUGUUGCAGCACCUUAUUUUAUUUUUCACAGUUAACAGUGGGAAGAUCCUGCAAGUACACAAUUUUAAUGCCUCUAUGUGGGUAUUAGGAAUGUGAUACAUAAAAAAUGUCCAUCAAUAGGGAGAAACUAGUCAAUUGAGCAUUUGAUGAAUAUUAACUGAUGAUGGUAAAGAAACAAUUUAGAGUGCAUUAUUAAGUGCUUAAUGGGUUAAUUUUGGAGCUUGUAUUCUGAAGUGUAAAACUACUUUGCUUUUAUUUUGAAAUUUCAUUUGGAACACAAUUGUGAAGGAAAUCAGUGAAAUUCUUGGGUUAAUUAUAUACUUGUUUUACAUAUAGAAUUUCCAUCAUCAUCAAAGAAGUCUUAUGCCAUGAUUGAGGAAGGGUAUGGUUUUAGAGAAAAAAUACUAAGCAGUCUUAACAAUACACAGGACUCUGCCAAGCUUAUUACAGUUUCUAGAAUGGACGACCACUAAUGAUUAAGAAACAACUUUCAUCUGUUAUUACACAAGAAACCCAAUUAGGUUAAAGUUUGAUGUUUUCAGACUGUAAAGCAUAUGUUUUUGUAACUUAAUUGGACUUUUGGAGUGUUAAAUUAUGGCUUCAGAGUUUGACUCUACCUAAAAUUUAGUUAGAUGCCAACUAGGGAGAAAUUAAACCUAAUCCUUCACCCCAAAUAUCAGAGGUUAGACAAACCCAUGUUAAUUGGGGCCUUAUGGAUAUUCAUAUUGGAGGCAAUAGCUUUAUUUAGAGUAAGCCCAGGACAGGGCUGUCUGGGAUGCUAGUUCUGGAAAUGCAGAAGCAGCCACUGUAUCCCUGCCCACCCCCUCCAUCCAGCCCUUUUGGUACCACUCAGUAUUGUUGACAACAUUUGGAAUCAUAAGUAACAUAGGACAGUAAGUAUUAGAGAAUGAUUCUCCAUUAGAAUUGGACCUCAGCCAAUUUGAGCCAAAAUUUAAGAACUAUUCAGAAGAAAGUUUCUUUCUUUUGAGUGUUUAAGACAGUGUAAAUGGUUCGAAUCACACACAUUUUAUGAUUCCAUUGUAUACAUAAUCAUUUUAAGAAUAUUGUUUUAACAUGAUUAUUAGGCAUACUAAGUUAUCAUGAAUGAAAAUGUAUAUGUGACCUGUAGUAUGUCAUAUAUUAUUAUGGCUAAAUGUUAAAUGUCAUUUUUUUCUUUUUUAGUUUUAUGUAUUUGUGUAUGUAUAUACCCACAUUUUUACAUUGAUUUAUGUUCUAAAUAAUAAUUAAAACAAAGUAUCACAGAAUGAAUGAAAUCUUUUUGUGUUCCAGGGUCACAUUAUUAAUAAAGUCAGGAAAGAAAAUCUGAUGAUAAAUCUGAUAUAAAUACCAGAAUAAUUAUGAUUAAUAUAAAAUAUGAAGAUAUGUCUUCAUACUACAGGAUUUCUGACUUGAAUAUAUUCUAUAAUGCUUUAAUUCAUUACCAUAACAAAUGUACUAAGAAUUAAUGUUGCAUCUUUAGUAUUCCAUUUUAUGGAGCUAUUUUUCAAAUGUUCUAUAUCCUCUAGCUUAUUAUGCUACGUAAAAUAAUUUCAGUGUGUUUUUUCCUGGGGCAAUUGAAUGAUUCUUGUUUUGAGUGGGUGAUAAAAUGUUUUGUGAUAGUAUCUAAUAUUUGGUCCUUUACAGAAAAAAUGGCUUGUGAUAUUAUAUUGAAAAAACUAUGGUAUAUUUCCUCAAUUUUACUGUGUGUUGGCUUGUUUCUAUAAAUACAAAUAAGUUUUGGAUUUGUUUGAAAUAAUUCUUUUACAACUUAGUUUGACAAUGAAAUAUAUUUCAAGUUAAUUAUUUUGACUUUGAAAAACUAAAGACCGGUUUUACAGUUGGUAGCUAUUGAUAGGUUGAUAUUUGAGCACAAAAAUGUUUGUGCUUUAGUGACCAUAGCAAGAGUAAGUGAAAUUUGUAACUGCCCUUUCAAUAAAUUAUAAUUAAGGAAUCAAA